AUGCCCACAUCUGCUGACGUUUCCUACCACAAAUCACUCGCGCAGUCGCAAAGCUUUGACUCCUCUCGGCCACCGUCCACUUGGCGUUACGGGGUAUUUUGUCCACCGGCAGCCGCCGUCCCAGAUAUUACUCACGAGUUCCAGGGCAGAGGAACUUGGGUUCGUGGGGUGCGGGCUGGUGUGUCCGGCACCAUGGAGUCACCUUUUAGCCCAGGACUCUCUCACAGACCAGAUGAAGAUUGGGAUUCUGUGCUGUUUGCCGAACUUGGUUAUAUCACAGAUACUGAUGAGCUGCAAUUGGAUGCAGCAGAUGUGACUGAACAUAAUUUUGAUCGUCUUGAUUUUGAUUUGGAUUUGAUGCCUUGGGAAUCAGACAUUUGGAACAUCAAUAACCAAUUCUGUACAGAUAUUAAGGCAGAGCCUCAACCUCUUUCUCCAGCUUCCUCAAGUUGUUCGGUCUCAUCUCCUCAGUCAGUGGACUCUUGUUCUUCAACUCAGCAUGUUCCUGAGGAGCUGGAUUUGUCUUCUAGUUCCCAGAUGUCUCCCCUUUCCUUAUAUGGUGAAAGCUGUAAUAGUCCCUCUUCAACAGAGCCACUGAAGGAAGAUAAGCCAAUCAUUGGUCCUAGGAACAAAACUGGUCUAGAUUCCGAGUAUGAGUGGAAACCAAUAUUGUACAUAUUUGUCUUUUUACUCAUCCUCUCAUUUCUUUUCUUUUUUCUAAAUGCAGGUCAGACAGUUUUGCUCUCUCAGCCUACUGUGGUACAACUCCAGGCCCCUGCAGUUCUGCCCUCUGCUCAGCCCAUCCUUACUGUUGCGGGGGGAGCCACACAGAUACCUAAUCAUGUGGUGAAUGUGGUCCCAGCCCCUGUGGUGAAUAGCCCAGGGAAUGGAAAACUUUCCGUGGCGAAACCUGUCCUGCAAAACACCACAAGAAGUGUGGGUUCAGAUAUUGCUGUGCUAAGGAGACAGCAACGGAUGAUAAAAAAUCGAGAGUCUGCUUGUCAGUCACGCAAGAAGAAGAAAGAAUAUAUGCUGGGGUUGGAGGCUAGGUUAAAGGCAGCCCUGUCAGAGAAUGAGCAACUGAAGAAGGAGAAUGGAUCACUGAAGCGGCAGCUGGAUGAAGUUGUAUCAGAGAACCAGAGGCUUAAAGUCCCUAGUCCAAAACGAAGAGCUAUCUGUGUGAUGAUAAUAUUGGCAUUUAUAGUACUGAACUAUGGACCGAUGAGUAUGAUGGAACAGGAUUCCAGGAGAAUGAAACCUAGUGUGAACCCUGCAAAUCAAAGGAGGCAUCUGUUAGGAUUUUCUGCUAAAGAAGUGCAAGAGACAUCAGAUGGUAUCAUGCGGAAAAACAGCUACAGAUACGAUCAUUCUGUUUCAAAUGACAAAGCACUAAUGGUGCUUACUGAAGAACCACUACUUUAUAUUCCUCCACCUCCUUGUCAACCCCUGAUUAACACCACGGAAUCGCUCAGGUUGAAUCAUGAACUCCGAGGUUGGGUCCAUAGACACGAAGUGGAAAGGACCAAGUCAAGACGAAUGACAAAUAAUCAACAGAAAACCCGUAUUCUUGAGGGUGCUCUGGAACAGGGCUCAAAUUCUCAGCUGAUGGCUGUCCAAUACACAGAAACCACUAGUAUCAGUAGGAACUCGGGGAGUGAGCUACAAGUGUAUUAUGCUUCACCCAGAAGUUAUCAAGACUUCUUUGAAGCCAUCCGCAGAAGGGGAGACACAUUUUAUGUUGUGUCAUUUCGAAGGGAUCAUCUACUGUUACCAGCUACCACCCACAACAAGACCACAAGACCAAAAAUGUCAAUUGUAUUACCAGCAAUAAACAUAAAUGACAACGUGAUCAAUGGGCAGGAUUAUGAAGUGAUGAUGCAGAUUGACUGUCAGGUGAUGGACACCAGGAUCCUCCACAUCAAAAGCUCCUCAGUUCCUCCUUACCUCCGAGAUCAGCAAAGGAAUCAUACCAACACGUUUUUUGGCUCCCCUCCAGCAGCCCCAGAGGCAACCCACAUUGUCAGCACCAUCCCUGAGUCAUUACAGUAGUGCACUGAAGCUGCAUUAGAAAACUAAGAGUGGGCCUCUGCCAAACUGAAGAGCAGGCAACAGAGAAAUGCUUUCAACCUCAUUGGUGGCAAGUAGAGAACUGUCUCAUACUACAAUUCAAGGGGAAGAAAAAAGGGGAACAAGAAGCUGCUCUGUUUUUUACCGUCUGUCCAUCUAUGUGGAAAGCACUGGAAUCUAUAUGCAAGAGAACAUUUCUUGCAUAUAAAUGUAGCCCGCAUCCUCCUGUGUUGCCUGAUGUAGACAUUUCCCCCACACCUUCCUUAAUUGCUUUUCUGGUUAUAUUUGUUUUGUGUUUAAAUAGUCAUCUUCUUUCAAAUAAGAUCCACUUCUCCUUCCUGCCAUCUCACUUACCAAUUCAGUAAAGUAACUUUUAUUUAAAGCUCUGGUACACAGAUGCUCAGUUGGUUUCUACCAUUUGGGUUUCUCCUUUCUUUAAUGCAAACCCAUUCUAGAUAUUGUGCUCGAGAAAACAAAUUUCACUCCACAAAGAAUCAAAACAAUUUAGAGCUUUGGGUAAAAGGGAAUAUCCCCAGUUGGUACAAAGUUUAUUUUUCCUUGUGACUUGUGGUUCAUCUGUGAAUGCAUAACUGUGUUGGGGAUCAGGGGGGGCCACACACUUGAGAGAAUGGAAGGAAAGAGGCAGUGGUAGUGCUGAGAAAAGAGAUAGCUCCACUAAUACACGCUUAAAAUAUUGAAAGCUUUAUGCAGUUUCAGUUUAAAGACACAGCCAGUGUUCAUUUUCAGGACUCUAGGUCACCGAAUACUAGCUUAUAGACUUGUCUUCUCUUUACUAAUCAGGUGCAGAGCCUCAAGAACCACAGGAGAAAUACUUCCUUUUCAUUGCGAAUCCUCACCCCACACACUUCUAUCAGUAUAGUACCAAAUUCAGCUAAGGAGCAUGGAGGUAGCUUUAGACUUAAACAAGGCAUGAACUGUUUCUCUUAAGGACUGACAUGUAUUUUAUCCUUAAGGUGAUUGAUUCAUACAGGAAGCAUGGAUUCCUGCAGAAGGAAUACAUCUCAUGAUAUGGUAAUAUGUUUCUCUGAUGUGGAAAUAUCAUUUUCUCUAGUGAAAAGACAGUGAAGGAAUUAAUUUUCCUGUCCCAUGAUUUAAAAACUUAUAUUUGGCUGUACUUGGCCUAUUUUCUUUACCAGAGUAGACAGCUAAGUGAUGUUUCAUUUGGUGAAUUCACAAAAAAUGGAUCUCAGGCAGUGAUAUCUUCACUGAUGUUCAACCUUCAUUUUCUAAAGUAAGUCCUGAAACACCUCUCUCCUCCUGAAACUUUUUCAGUUUCUUCAUAGAAUUCACUCUGCAAAUACUGCUUCUUGUCAGAGUUCUUUCCUUGUGUUCCGUUAUAUCAGUCAGUUCUGCUUUGUUCUUGAAAGAGAAAGGGAGAGAGAGAGGGAGGCUCCUAAAUAAUUUUAAACAUAUAUAUAACUCUGGACAGUGACACCUCUCAAGACAAUUAGAUGCUUUUCAAGGCAACUGGGGUGGGGGAGCUUGCUCUAUUAUGUGGGAAUCUGGAGUUGGAAAAGUAUUAGUUAGCCUUUCUUUUUCCACAGUAGAAACUGUUUGAAGUCAGUACAUCACUCCCCUCUGGUUUGGCUCCUGGGUGAUUUUCUGACAAGAACCAUGUUCCCUAGGGACCAUCCUUCUAAUGGGUGCCAGGGAAUAGAAAGAAGACCUUUAGGUUAUAGGCAGUCUUCUUGUGGGAUGCCCUACUCCUUCCUUUUCUGGAAUGUGAAUUAGCCCAGCAAGAGGUUAUGGUGACAUGGUCAUUCCCAAGCUGCUAAUCUGCCGUGACUGUCAUUCCUUAUCAUGGUAGAUAGAAACACAGCAGGUCUGCAGUGAUUGCUAAUGGGGCCUCUGUCCUCUCCUUUUUACUAAACCACACAAGAAGUAACCAUCACAUGGUCUUCCUGUCUUUAGCAUUUUGCUUUUACUUCCUUCCUCUGUUUCCAGCUGUUCCUAUGCUCAUUCUGCCAACUCCUCAGACUAAAGACUUCAAUUAUGUCACGUUCACCAACGUUAAUGCCUCUCUCACAGGUGACAGUGUGAGUAUUGGCUAGAAUGGAGUCACAGCCAAAAAGCAGGCAGGUGUUGGGCUGCUGGCAAUCCUGGGCAAGUUGUUGAGUAGCUGGGGAGUGAUGUUUGAAAGAGGCUGGGAGCCUCACCUUCUGUUUGCACUCUGCUCCUUCAGCUCCUUGUCACUACCUGUUCUGGAAUCCAUCCUUUGGGGAUGAGGAAACACAAUUCUUCUCAAGGUAGAGUUUCAGGAAACAAGUAAAAGGCAACUGAUAAGUGCAGAGAAAUAUUCUACUUUUAAAAUUUCUGAAGCCGCUAUCAUUAAUCCCUAUGCACAAUAGUAGUUUUUACCUUAACAUUCAUACACUAGCACAAGGCCCUUAGGAAAGGGAAAGCUGCUAUGCCGGGCUAAUAAACUAAGCAGGCAUUCAUGUUUAAUUUUUUCGGUGGGAUUGCCUUUGGAGGAGUUAUAGCCAAGAACUGUGGGAGAUAACAUGUAUAUAUUUUUUAAUUUGUUGAGUUUUGAAGUGGGAUUUUGCAAGCUUGUAAGAAAAUUAGGUGAACUCGUGGAAGAAGUCAGUACACUGUUACUAAGUGGUUUUGUGCUCUUGGGUUGACAGUGCCAUGUUGGGAAGUGGUGGUAGAGACUUAUGGGGCUGCCUUUUGCUUGCUUGUGAGUCCCACACUUUGAAGCUCGAUGGAAGUAAGUGGAUAUUUCCUUGUGCUAACUACUGAGUCAGGUGACAGAAGCUUCUCAGGGUUAGCUAGACAUAGUAGCAUAAGGAUAAAGCUUCGUUAGACUAUUAGUGUAAACUAAUUCUCAAGUUAGGAGCUAAUGGGAGAGAAUGCUCUUAGGGCAAGGGUACUGUUUGCCACGCUUGUAGUAUAGCCGCUUCACAAUAUUGAAUAGGGUUUAUGUUUUCAGAAAUAAAAAGUCCCAAUGAUUAUAAAAGCUCACAGCAUCUUCUAAUUUCUUUUUUUAUAUUAAGUUCCAGGACAAAGCUGGCACUUCUUCACCUUUUCUUAUUAGCAAGAAGUAGACAUGGCAGGACUUGAAAGCAACAAUGUUAUAUGAGUCACUCCUAAGUGUUCCCAAUAAAUAUUACUGAGAAACAGAGAAGGAAUUGGGGAUGGAGGCUGAUUUUUCUCUCAUGUUUCAAGAGACACUACCCUGGCUGAAUCUUAUUGGCCUGAAUCUCUCUCCUGGGUGUGUAUUUGGCUCUGUUAGAUACCACUGCUGUGGCAUUUAGAGCAUUUAAAACUGGAGAACUCUCAAGCUCUUUGUGACUUUCUAUUUUUUGAUUCUUGCCAUUUUACUAAACUCAGGUUGUGAAACUUGACAGAAGUGUAUCAUGGGAAAAAAAUUGUAAUUAUAUUUGACUUCGUAACACACUGAAAAGUUUGAAAGUCAUUUCUAUUCUCAAUGUGUUAGAAGUAGCAAGUUUUGCUUCCACAACCUGAAGAGCCAGUCUGAUCCCAUGCCCCCUUUCAGUCUAACCUCGUGGAAAUUUUCCACCACAAAAGCCUUUGCACUGCAUAUUGAAGGGCUGACUCGGCUUCCUUCAGCAGACCCACAGGAACCAAACUUCAAGUGAGACAUUUUCAUACUGUUGGCUGUGUCUUAGCAAUUAGCCUCUCAAUAAGAUUGCUCUUUCCAGAAGUGAUAGAAGCUUAUUACCACAUAUAGACCCCAUAUGCCUUACCAAAAUGUUAUUUUCAUCCAUCCUGGAUCAUUUUAAUUUACAUAAAUUAAGAUGUUUACUGCUAAUUAUAACUUUAACUAUAAAAAUGAGAAUAAAGCCUAAAAGAGAAUGAAAUAUAAAAAACUUCCAUUUCUAGCCUAUAGCAUUUGGACAGGGAGAUUCCUGUUUCCCCCCACUGCAGGGAUUGUGCUUGAUUUUUGAGGAAACAGAAUACUGGACUACCCAGAAAUAUUUUGCCAGAGUCCAAAAAGGAACUAUGCACAUAAAAUAAAUGCAAUUUUCUCCUACCUGAAGAAAGAAACCUGUGUGUUCUGUUAAGUGAUAUUUUUAAUAACUAAGCUUAAAACAAAGUUUAUUUUGAAUAUGACUAAAACUUUCAGUAGUGUAUUCUAAUAUCUUUGUUAUCUGUCAUGUGCAAUAGAAUUUGUGAAAAAAAAAAAGAUAAAGGUAUGUGAUUAGGAAAAUUGAUCCUAUGUGUGAAGCAUGUCAUGGCUAACCGGUGUCACAUCGUGGACACGUUCUCAGCUAACUUUAAGCAUUAAAGAGAUUUAGUGCAUUAAAAGAGUUUUAAUUAUAUUAGAGUCAAGAACUAAGGAGCAAAUGAAUCAUAGUUUUUCAUUUGAAGAGCACAACGAACACCACCCUGUUGUGCUAUUUGCCCCCAGUGAAGUCGGUGACCAUUCAUUAAAUAAACUAGGAGACUUGGCCUAUCUCCCAGUGUGCUAAUCCCAGAUAGAGAUUAGCAGAUGGAUUUUCACAGUAAAUAUAUAUUGAUUGAACUGUCUUAAUUCAUUCUCAGCCCUAAUUUCUGUGUAGUUACCAAGACAGAGGAGAUGAUGGGGAAAUGGUGUUUUAGAUGAGAACUACUAAGCACUGCUAGCCUUAGAGAUACUAGUUUCUUCAUCUGUUGACAAGUAUGGCUGGGCUAGGCAAAUAGUGCUACAUUCAUGAAGCCCUUAGAACCUGAGAAGUUAGAAAUGCUGCUUCACCAGGGCUUUCUUCCUUGGACUGUAUCCAUGCUCAGUUAAGAAUAUGUUGAAGAUGAAGAAAGAUGUACCAUUCUCUUCUGUAAUAAUUUUUAUGUUGGUUUACAGUACAUAAAUUAGAAGUAAUGACAACACACUAUUUCAUACUUUCAAGCAAGUCUUUAUAAUGUAAUACCUGUUCU